GUCAUGGUUCAAGACGCCAUCAGCGAGAAACUGGGCAAUUUCAUCCAUUACAUGGCGACAUUUGUGUCGGGAUUCGUGGUGGGUUUCACCGCAGUGUGGCAAUUAGCACUCGUGACGCUGGCUGUGGUUCCAUUAAUAGCUGUGAUCGGAGGAAUUCACACUGCUACUCUGGCUAAGCUCUCUAACAAGAGCCAAGAUGCUCUUUCCCAAGCUGGGAAUAUCGUCGAACAGACAGUGGUGCAAAUCAGGGUCGUGCUGGCAUUCGUCGGCGAAUCUAGGGCUCUUCAAGCUUAUUCCUCUGCUCUGAGAAUUUCUCAGAAGAUCGGAUACAAAAUUGGUUUGGCUAAAGGAAUGGGAUUAGGCGGAACUUACUUCGUUGUCUUCUGUUGUUACGCCUUGUUGCUUUGGUACGGUGGUUACCUUGUUCGUCACCACUCCACCAAUGGCGUGCUCGCCAUUGCCACCAUGUUCGCCGUCAUGAUCGGCGGCUUGGCAUUGGGUCAAUCAGCUCCGAGCAUGUCGGCGUUAUUUUAG